AUGGGUCUCGACAAAUACAAGGAAAAAGCUAAGCGCCUCUCGAGAGCCUUCUCGUCGAAGGAAAACCUCGAGAAGGAUGACAAGGUUGACAUUGACGCUGUGGCUGCUGACGCCACCGCUAAGAAGUCUGAGGAACUUGCCGCCGCCGAUGCCACCGAACAGACCACCGAUGCCGUUGCCGACGCUACCGCCGACGUCCCCGAAGCCACUGAAGCUGCGGCCCCCGUUGCCGAAGCUGAUGUUGUUGAAGCUUCGAAGAAAGACGACAUUCCUGAACCUACCGUCGAUGCCGAAGCCAAGGGUGAAGAAGUCACAGACAUCAAGAAGGAUGUGGCUGAAGAAGCUGCUCCUGCUGCCGCUGCCACCGAAGCGCCCGCCACCGAAGCUAAGGCUGCCACCGAAACCGCGCCCAUUGAAAAGGUCGAGAAGGUUAUCGCCGAAAAGACUGCCGAGGCUAAGGAAGCUGCUGUGAAGACUGCCAAGGAAUCGAAGUCUAAUUUGUUCAAGAAGCUUUUGGGCAAGUUCAAGUCGAGCUCGUCGACCACUGCCACUCCUGCCAAGAACUAA